UAUUUUUUCUUAUUUCUUUUUAAUUUAAAGUGUGGCUGUAGUUAUACCUUCUGAAAGAACACAUUUUCUCAGUGUGGAUGGAAUGGAUACAGAUUAUGGAUUAAACUUUGAAGGUGAUGAUAUUCAUAGUGUUAUUUUAGCUCCUUGGAUAUAUUGUCAUGAUAUGGUUUUGGAAGGUGAAAUGGAGGAUAUUAUAAGAAAUAUUUCUUACACAUUGCAAUCAAAUCCUGAACACUGUGACAGAUUGUUAACACAAAGGUUAAUAUUUGAUAAAAAGAAAACCGAUGAUGUUGUUCAUUAUUGGAAAUCUGAAGAAAGAGAUGGAACAAGAAAAAAUAUAGUAUCAACAUUUGUAACAACAGAAAGUGGUCUUACUAGAGUGUUUCCUUUGAGGUAUUUUUUUAAUUAUAUUGCUUCAUAAAUGUAUUGACUUAUAUUUUAAAAAUUAUAUGAAGAAUUCUAAAGUUAUUAAAUACAUUUACUGAAUAAUAAUUAUGAUAUAAAUAUGUACUCUUUUAUCAUAAGUCAUCACAUACCACAAAUAUAAUAAUGCAGUUAACAACAAAGGAUAAUACUAAAGUAAAUACAGAAAAUCAAGCCUGAAUUAUAUUAAUAAUCAAAUGUAGAGCCAUAUUAAUUAUCAGGUUAUAACUUGGCUAAUUAUACACAGAUAUUGUGAAAUUUGGAGUAAAGAGAUGUGGCUAUGCUUCCAUUCAUUCAUUCAGCAUCCUCUUUACAGAGAGUUGUAGUUAAUGGACAGUUCUCCACUCUUCACGGUUGUAGGCUUUUCCCAAGCUUCAGUCAGUCCAUUGUAUGCUGCCAUCUUGUAUUAAAUUUAAUAACUAGAAAUAAAUAAAUUACUUUCAAUAUUUUCUUCUAGAAUAUUUUAUUCAAAUAGGACUCAAACUCACAAUGUUGCUUACUAUGUGACAGGGCUGUGGAGUUGGUAAAAAAAACACUUGACUCCGACUCCUGACUCCAGCAAAAUUAAAUACCAAGUCAUUUUAUGGGGGACAGAGGCGCUCUUAGAGGGAUACCCUACUCGGAACUCUGAAAGGAGCCUGCAGUGUUUACCCAAAUACUUUUAUAGUUAGUAUUUUUAAUAUUUAACUUUCAUUAAUAUUUAUUUGUAUAAAAAAAUUAAUUUUUAACAAAUACUUAAGAGGAGAAAGGGGACAAUAAAAUUCUAUAUCUACAUAAAUUUGACAGCAUUUGCAUUUCAAUUUCACCCUUCCAGAAGAGUUUGUCCAACUAAAAAGUGUGCAAUUUAGCUACUUCAGCCCGUUGUUCAGAAAAGAAAAAUGUAUACUCUGAUUAAUUAGUCUGGC